ACACAAUCUAAUAAAUAAUAAUAAUAAAAACAAGGUCGCUUGGUUCUAGCUUCUAGCUGGGCACAGAGGAAAAUAUAGAGCACACCCAGCACGCAGGACGUGCCAACAUGUUGGGCAGAGGCUGCUUUGCGACGCUUUGGCAACCGCCUUUGGUGACGCUGUUGGUGGUGAUAUUCCUCGCAGCUCCUGGCCUAUGCUACAAAAAUUUGCGCCUCCAGGACAAUCUGUGUUCGGACAAACUGAUUUUCACACUCGCCAAACCGUUUCGCGGCGACCCCACGGUGAGGCUCGAUUUCGAGGAAGAUUCGGCGGCGAUUCUAACACAGACUUGGAAUCUCACAUUGCCCUAUGGCCACUCUGCCAACAAGAUCAAAUACGACUGCCAGUUUCGCGUGGCGACCAGCGACCGUCCGCCGCGCGGCAUUUAUACAAUCAUCACUAGGCUCAAGUUCCGGCGGGAUCCAGUAUCGAAAGAGUGCAUCGACUACAUCCAGUUUACCAGAGGCAAUCGCUCGCCCAGCGAACGCAUCUGUCACGAUAUCUCCAUCAACGGCCCGGCUGGGCGGCUGAUCUUUGAUCAGCGGGAUCGUGAAGUGAACGUCCAGAUCUUCAUCGACAGAUCGCGUCACAUUCUUGGCGAUCAGCUGGAGCUGGGUAUGGUGCUGACGGCCCACUCCGAGUGCCAGUUCAACGGCGACUUCCUGUGCAAUCCCAACGACCAAUACUCGUGCAUAUCGCGUCACUUUGUGCGUGACAAUGUCACCAACUGUUUGUAUCCGUGCCGUGAUGAGGGAACGUGCUUCCACGACGCCAUCGUGCCGGAGGAGAUGGACACAGCCAACGUGGCGCUCUCGGCCAUAACGUCGCUGAUUUUCACCAUGCUCGGCGUGGGCUUCUGCGUGUGGAUCUGCUGGAAGUACUGGAACUGCAUCACGGUGCAGCAACGGGCGCACGAGGCCUCCGCUGCUCGCUUCAACCAGCGACGCGUUCGGUCUGAUGUGCCCACCAUUGAGUUGCCAACAGCGCCAGAUUACGCUGAUGUUGGACCACGCGAGCAGGAUGACCAGCAGCAACCGCCAAUGACGCCCAAGGAUAUGCCACCCAGCUACGAGUCGUUGUUCCCCGACAGAUAAAGCCCCGUGGCAGGUUGUUCCCAUUGCUCCGCUUUGUGCCAGAUCAACAAGUAUUUUGGCAUCGCGCACCUUGUUGUACUCGUAAUACAUACUCCUAUUAGGUAAAUGUCUCUCCUCGUAAACAAAUGUGCAUUCCAUGUAAAUAAGUUAGGACUGAUUUUAAGUUUUCUGAUUAGCAGUUUUGACGGGAAUGAAUACUAAAAUACUCCCCGAGAAUACUCCCCACUUUUACUACUGUACAUAUUUAAAUUUUAUGUUUUAUUUUUUGCUGUGAAACCGUUGCAUCUGCCUUUUGGUGAAGCAAAUCGAUCAAUGUCUCAAUGCCUUAGCCUACACGUUGAGAACCCGAAACCUUAAGUACUCACUGAUGAAAUCUCACAGAAAUUAUAAUGUUAAAUGAAAUUGUAUCAAUUAUUUACCUAAGCAACCAUUAUCCUUAAGCAAAAAAUGUACCCAAAAUGUACUCGUCUCUGCACUAGUUAGCGUAAAUCUUGUAAACGCCAGCCAUCGCCAGGAACCAACCAUCCUACAAACUAUGCGCUGGAUGGGAUUGGUACCUGCGAGAGGAUGGUAGCGUCGGCAUUCCACAUAGUUGUACCUGUUUCUGUAUUGCAUAGAUGAUAUUAUGUAUGUAUGUAUGUAUGCUACGCGCUUUUGUAGAGAUCUUUGUUAUGUGUCUGUGUACUGUGCUGGCGGUGUACAAUUGUCAAUUGUUAACCAGAAUCUCCCCUAUAUAAGCGCCACGCCCAGCACACACCUACGCACACAAGUAUAUGUACGUGUACUCCAAUAUGUCGCAGCAGAAGAGAGUUCGCGGUCAGUAGCUCCUAAGCCAAUACUCGUAUGUAUACACAACAGAGUCGAGUACAGAAACUCACUCGAAUACGUAUUACCGAUAAAUAAACCAACUAAAUCUCA